UUGGCCAUUCGUUCCAUCAUCAUUCGCUCAUUCGUCUUCGAUUUUUGCUGAAGUUUAUUUUCCCUGCUCUUGUUUUUUGGUACUAAUUUAUAAGUAAACAAAGAAAACGUAAGGAAAUCAUUGUUAUUUUGUGUCAGGGAUAUGCCUCCAGUAAAGGAUGAGUCGAUAAGGGAAGGUAAUUGCCUGGAAAUCAUCAAUAUUUCCGAGAAAAGCCCAGGAAAGAGUGGUGCUCUCGUCGAUGUAAGAGCGUGUAAUAAACCUUCGGCUAAGUGUUAAGUUACUGUGCGUGAUGUUGUGGGCAGCUGAUGUUUAUGUUAUUUGUGUACAUGGUUAUUAGUAAAAUGCACAAAAAUAUAUAGUUUGGAAGCCUCUAAGUAGUGCAUGCCUUGAAUAUUCGCACUCGAGUAGACCGAAGACGACAAUGACUAAUUCACAGGUAUGGUUCCGAGGAGUGAGAAGCUCCAAAUUCCGCCAUGUUUACGGGGUGUCGUUCAAAAGGGAGCGUUGCUAUGACAACAUAAAGAUCACCAGGAAUGCGCACGACUCCAACUUUUGCGCGGUGAACCCCAAGUUUGUGGCGAUCGUCACAGAGGUCGCUGGCGGAGGUGCCUUCCUAGUGCUGCCUUUGGAUCACACCGGUCGACUAGACUUCAACGCAAGCCGGGUGACAGGUCACAAGGGCCCAGUGCUGGACAUCAAAUGGAACCCAUUCAACGACAACAUCAUCGCGUCAUGUUCCGAUGACUGCACGGUGAAGCUAUGGCAUAUCCCAGAUGGUGGUCUAUCUAUGCACCUAACAGACUGGCUGGUGGAAUUACAAGGCCACAAACGCCGUGUAGCCUACAUAGAAUGGCACCCCAUCGCUGAAAAUAUCCUGUUCAGUGCAGGCUUCGACUAUUUGAUUUUCGUCUGGGACGUAGGCAAAGGGGAGGCCAUCCGCGUCAUAGACUGCCAUACUGACGUCAUCUACUGCAUGUCGUUCAACCGCGAUGGUUCCCUGCUAGCUACCACCAGUAAGGACAAGAAACUGCGCAUUAUCGAACCGAGGAGAGGCAUAGUUCUGUCUGAAGGCAUCUGCCACCAAGGCACCAAAGCGUCCAAGUGCACUUUCCUAGGCAGCAGCGGCAAAGUCUUGACCACAGGCUUCUCGCGCUACAGCGACCGGCAGUACGCCGUGUGGGAGCAGCACUCGCUCGACAAGCCGCUCGUCUGCGAGACCAUAGACAGCUCCUCCGGCGUCGUGUUCCCGUACUUCGACUACGACACCAACAUGGUCUACCUUGCAGGCAAGGGUGACGGGAACAUUAGGUACUACGAAGUUGUCGAAGAACCGCCAUACGUUCAUUUUCUCAAUCAGUUCCUGUCAGGAAAUCCACAGCGCGGGCUGGGCUUCAUGCCCAAGCGUGGGCUGAAUACUAGCGCGUGCGAGGUGUUCCGCUUUUACAAGCUGCACACGUCGCGUGGUCUCUGCGAGCCCAUCUCCAUGAUCGUGCCGCGCAAGUCCGAUUGCUUCCAGGAGGACUUAUACCCCGACACGGCGGCGCCGCUGCCCGCGCUGUCGGCGCGCGACUGGCUGAACGGCAUGAACGCGCAGCCGCUGCUUAUCAGCAUGAGGACGGGUGUAACAAUAACGACCCACAAGCCGCGCACGAACAACAAAGACACGCCGGCUCUACAACCACAAGACGCGAAUAAUCGCAAGAAGUUCGCGUUUUUGUCGCGAGAGACCACGCCCGACUACCGUCCGCUCGCCACGUGGCAGCCCGCCGCGCCCGACGACACGCAGGUGACGGUGACCGAGAAGUCUGCGAAAACUAACGCGAACCAAACCACGAAGUUCCACCAGCUGCAGCGAAUGUUCGGCAAGAGCGCCGGCGACGCCGAGCCCGUGCCGCUCUACAAGCAGAUCAACCAGGGCGACGUCUUCAGCACCGAGCACGAGCUGCGCCUAGCAUUCAACCGCCAAGGCGAAGAGUUGAGAAUCGUGAAGCGACAACUCCAAAACAGCCAACAACGCGUGCGGGAACUAGAACAACACGUGGCCGCGUUGCAAGCGCUCAUCCAGAGGGACGGCUCGUAAGCCCCGCCACGCCAAUGUACCACGCCUCUAUGUCUACAUUCGUAAGGCGUAUUAUCGCUUGUACCUUGCGUGAGUCGUGCUCACUUGUAAUUGAACCCGCCAAUACAGCGCUUUAUUCCGUUCGCGAAAUUGAAUCCUUGUCUCGGUUUUUCCUACCCUUAUUAUACCUCGGUUAUUCCUUCAUCGUCAAAGGGCCUACUAUGCAUGACGGUGUCCGUAAUUUCAACUUCGACUCCUUCGAAAUUACGGAUAUGUGAUAAAAGUCGAAUAUAGCGUGCCAAAAAACAUCGGCAGGGAGAAAUGAACAUAGUGUUUGCGUGUCGUGGAAAAUUAUUACUUUCUUGGUAAAAACUGGCAAUACAAGUCAGUCAACCAGAUGAAAAAA